AUGUCAUCGACCAGAGGCUUGGUUCAAUUCGUAAUUGUCGCGUUCAUUGGAGCCGCUACAGGGACUGCGAUUUUCAAGCCAGCAUUCGAAGAACAACAGAAGCGAAAGUUUGAUCGAGUUGAAGGCACACAAGCAUCCGUAUCUGUACCUGCUGAUGGAUCAAAAACGCCACUGAGCCCUCAGCAAUAUCCAAUCGCAGAUACUGAGUAUCGUGCAUCUAAAUCGACUGUCCAGUCUAAUCCGCCAUCAUUAUGGAACGCGCUUGGUGGCUGGGCUUGGUCUGAUCAAGGGCGCGAGGAAUCACGCAAAGUUCGAGAGCAUAAGGAACAAAUAUUGCCACCGUCACAAGUAUCAAUGGGGGACGCCAAUGGCAAUCGAGACCAGUGA